UGUCGAUUGCUGUGGGCACUUUUGUGGUGCUGUUUCUACAGUUGGAAACUCCAAUGGCCCAGCUGCAGAUUGAGUCGUCUUGUUCUCGACCAACAUGUCGCAGUGGAGCAUGGCCAGACAGAUUGUGCCGGUGUAACGGUUAUGUCGAUUCGACCUGCCCUGCUGGUUUCAACGCAGUUCAAAAUGACCACGGACACUGCUCCUGCGAAAGUAGGAUUCAGCCAACAUGUAAACGCGGCUUUUCGCUGCUGAAUACACGCGUUUGUAAGUGUACAAUCAGGAAGCCGCCAACCUGUCCGGCAGGCAGC